GUGCCUUUAAAGAUCAUAUCUCCCGCUGGGAAGAGAAACCAAUUUCCUUACAAAUUAAAAAGAUUUCAGCUAAGUAAAACUUCCCUGCAUCAGUUCCCCAAAUCCCACCCCUGCAUAGCUCGGGGAGGGGGGGCAAAGGGCUUGGCACCCCCUGGACCAGAGACUGCAAUUGCCAUCAGUGUCCUGCAGCUGCUUUAUCAGCCUGGCAGAGGAACCCACCGAUGGAUUCAGGGGUGACUUGUGGCUUGGAGGAGCAAAUUAGCAUUUGCUUACUAGUCCUGCAGGGCUUAGCAAUAUAAAAUCACAGUCCUUUUUAAGGGCUUGAGUUGCUUUUAAAUGUGGCAUUGUCUCUAUUAUAAUAGGAGGCAUCAGGAAAUUUGCAGCUAAUAUUUCUGCAAAAGGCAAUUCCUGCCUACCCCACUGUGGGGCUCCUCCAGGCUCGUGCCACCUCUCUCUAGCUUGGUAGGGCCACAUUCAUUGCAUUAAUUCUGUACUUUUAUUCCUGAUGGUCUCUGGUGUAGCUUGAAGUUAACAUUACUCAUUAGGGAAAAAUAUUGAUGCUUCUAAUAAUAGAUUUACUGUUGCUUAAAACAGUUUGUAGUACAGUCAUUAACAUAAAUGACUUACUGGGGUGAGGGACAUACAUCCACUGACCCUGUUGCUGAACACCAUCAAUAAGCCCAGGAUCCUGCUGAAUCUUAAAUGCUCCAUUUAUAUUCUUUAUUUUUACAGCAUUAUAGCCCUAGAUGAUGUGUUGAGGGACCACCACAAAGCCAAAGCUCACUGCUGGGCAGAGAUGGGCUGCAGGCCGGCUGGGGCGCAGGGAUGAGCAGCUCCAGCGGCAAAGCAGGCAGCAGCGUGGGAAGGACCGUCAGCUGAGUUGUGUUGCUUCAUGUUCUAUCAGUGCCUGUAAAGCUCUGGGAGGAAAAAAAGUGUUUCCUAAUCACUGGGCUCCUCUUGUGCAACGGCUGCAGGAAAUCCCAGCAAAAAACAUUGAAGAAAACAAAAAAAUUCCACCUUGCCAAUCCAUCUAGAGUAACCUGGAGAGCAGGGAAUUAAUUACCUAAUUUGCAGCGGGGUUUACCAUGGAAAUCCCCCCUUUCAAUACAGCUGCCAUCCAGAAAGCAGCUCGGGAGGAGGAGUGCAAAGCCUCCACGAGCAGCUCAGGGGAAGCAAACCCAUUGCAACAGGUUGCACCAAAAGCGAUGCAAUUACUGCAGCUGCAACAAGAGCCUCCGUGGGCAGCCCAUGGCCCCGGAGCAGCACCGGGGGCUGCCAGGGAGCGAAGCCAAGCCUCUGGCUUCCUUUAGACUUGCGAGAAGUUAGGUUUUGAAAGAACAUCCUCCUGCGAGCGGGGUUGCAGUGAGUUGUGCAAGGCCGAUUCCCGGCAGUGCCAUGGCCAGCGCCGGGGGAGCCUGGGACGGGGAGCGGGAGCCGCUGCCGAGCCGGGAGAUGGAGUUGGAGCCCCUCAGGCCCCCACCGCUGCCAGGGAAAACUCAGAGGGCUGUCAUGCAGGCACGGGGCAGCCUGCGCACCCGCAGCUGCAGCCUGGACCUGGGUGCUCCUGGACUGCCUGCCCCCAUGCCGAACACCCCAGGGGGCUGCCCGCCUCGGCCCCCCGACUCAGCCCUCAUCUACAGCAACGUGGGAGAGCUGCGAGCCCACCUCGUCCCCUGCAAGGCUAGCCGAGGGGAAGGAGCCAGGAGACCCCCCUCUCAGCCCAACCAAGACCCCCUGCCUCCCCCAUUGCCAAAAAAACAGCUCCAGCGAGCGGAGUCCCUCCCGGAGCAGGGGCCAUCCCAGCACCAUCGGGGCAACGACCCCACGACAUGGGCCAGCAGCAUCCUCUACAGCAUCCCACCACACAAGGAGGGGGCUCCCAGCUCCAUCCCGCCAUGGGACAGACCCUCCUGGGGCCCCAAGAAGCCCCUGACCAAGUCCCAAAGCCUGGGGGAAUCGGUGGCCUGGAGCAGCCUGCAAAAAGUCCCAUUGCCCAGCCUGGCGGAGCUGACGUUCGGGACGGCGGACAGAGAGCUGGGGCAGCUCCUGCAGCUCCUGGAGAGCCCGGCCGGGGUGUGCGGGGUGGUGUUGGGGUGCCAGGCGGCCGCCCUGGCCCGGCUUUCGGCUCGAAUCCAGGAGGAGCUCAUAGGGCCGGAGGAGCAGCAGCAGCUGCUGGAGGCAGAGCUGGCAGGGAAGAGCUGGGCAGCGCUCAGCAUCCUGGACCGGGAGCCAUGCUGCGAAAGCAGGGACGCCUGGUAUUUCCGAGUGGGCUUUGCUUUUGAGCAAACCCAGCUGGUGGUUGCAGCCAAGGUCCCCAAGCCGUGCUGCACCAGCCUGGGGGUGCAGAGCUCCCUUGGGGCACACUGCAGCAUCCAGCACCUGAUCGGCCGCUUCACUGACCGCCUCCCUCAGGAGCUGGUGCUCCCGGGGAGCCCUGGGGAACAAUCACCUUCCAGAGAGGACCCAGCCCGUCUUGCCACCCGCCCUGUCCUGCAGGUCCUCAUUUCUCCUGAGGUUCCCUACGAGACCCUGGCGGGCUUUGUGAAGGGAUCCCACGGCUUGCACAGAACCAGCCCUGGGCACUACGAACGCCUGGCUUGCCUCCUCCUCUUGCAGGUAUGCAUGGGGCUGGAGCAUCUCCACGUGCAGAAUGUGGGGCAGGGGGACCUCUGCCCCGAGAAUCUGCUGCUGGUGCAGUGCCCGUGUCCUCCCCGGAGCCAGCAAGGCAAGGAGGCAUCCCUGGGACUGUCCCUUCCAAGGCUGCUCAUCAGCAGCUUCUUCAAGGUUAAAGACAAGCGAAGAACUUGUUCUAACAGCCAAGAGCAGGACUGGACCAAGGGGCUUGCUGUACCACCUUCCCCAGUGGCAGAUGAGCUGAAUGUAGGCAUGCUGAUCUAUCAAAUCUUGCAUGUGGACAUCUCUCUGGAGAACGCCUUGGGGUUCAGAAGCAAUAGACUUCCUGAAAUCCCUUCCCGGUCCAUCUAUUCCACGGGACUCAAGCAUCUGGCCAUGCUGCUUCUCCAAAGAGAUCCCUGCAAGAGGGCCUCCAUCGAGCAGGCCAGGAGCAUCCUGCAGGUCCUGCUCUGGGGGCCUCGCCAGGAGCUCUUUGCCAGGAGCAAGAAAACCCUCACCCUGCUCCGGAGCUGGGUGGAGGUGAAGAGGGCUCUGCUGCUCCUGAAGUUUGCGGAGAAUUCGGCUGGGGCGGUGAGGAGCCCCGGCCUCGAGGAGUGGCUGUGCUGCCAGUACUUCAAGGAGGUCACCGAACACACGCUCUACCAAGUCACCCAGGCUCUCUACACUCCCUAAAGGCAAGCUGAAGUUCAGCCCACCCAAAAGGUCUCCUCGAAGCCAAGAGCCCAUGAGGACCUGGCCAAAUCCACCAGCUCACAAGGAACCCAAGGGUCCUGGCUGGGAAAACAUUGUUUGUGAACCCAAACCCGCUUCCCCUACAGCACAUGAAUGAUGAAGCUGGGACCAAACUCCCACCCGUGGCUCCCACAACACAGGAUGUGUUUUUACACCCUCGACCGAUUUUUGUUAGAUACUGUGAAUCUAGUUUAUCGGAGCAUCUCAGGAAAGACGGCUGGAUGGAAGCCACAGGAUCAAGCGCCAAUUUAGUGGCUGAUUAUCCUGAGUAAUGUUUAUGGAGCUUAGACUUUGCACAAAACCCCCUCAGACCCCUCCUGCGGCCAUGAGGCUUUCACUGUUCUAAGUAACAAUUCAAAGCCACACAUUACAGCUCACCUUAAUGCACCGUUAGCAAAGGAGAAAUACAAUACCUCAUACAGCCUGCUCUUUUUAGAAACAAUUUGUGGCAUAGUCACAAGUAUAAAUGACAUUUUAAAGGGGGAAAUACAGCAGCCACACAGCUUCAAUAAAAUCCAGAGCUGAGCCUCUUAAA